AUGCCCGAAAAAAUACGUGACCCUUGGGCUCGUCGUGAAGCUUGGAGAAAUCAGCCGCCAUUUACUUUUCGUCAUUCGAUAAGACACCUUUGGCCGGGUUUUACCUGGGGUCUUGGUGCUUUCGCUAUUUAUCUUGCUUACGAUACUUUUUUCACUCGUGAUAAUCACCAUAUUGAUAAUAGCGGAAUAUCCGGCGCAUUGUGUCUUCUGCAGGGUGGUGAUCCUGCUGUUUGGGACAUUGUCAAUGCUUAG